AUGGGUAAAUCAAAGAAACGUAGACGUAGCUCUUCCAGUCGAGAAUCUUACUCUUCUGGAGACACUAGUAUACCCAAUAAAGAGCUAUUAAAACGUCUAAAAAAGCUUGAAAAAUAUUACAAGCGUAAUAGGAAGGCCCGUUCGAGGUCAGCCUCGCCGCUUCGUCGUCAACGGCGAUCACCUUCUAGCGCGCGUGCGCUACCGAUAAGGCAGUCAGAGAGGGAGAGGCGGUCACGCUCGCGGACCCGACAGCGAUCCCCCUCCAAUCUACGAUCUCCGUCCAUAAGGCGCUCUUUCUCUCGCACGUCACCACGACGACAGCGAUCGCCGAGCGUUCCACGAAGUGCAGCCCGAGAUCCGUGCGACUCGGCAAACGCUCCAAAUGAUAGUUUUGCCCAUAGCCCGAGCGGCAUGGCUUCACUAAUAGAGGACGAAGACGCGUCUUUGCACGACGCAGUAGUCAUUCAUAAUGACGUUCAACUGCCAGAGGAUGUCCUAAAUAUUCUUGGGGAAGAUCCAGGUGUUGAACAAGGCGACGGCGGGACAAUACAUUCGGCAUUGGCGAGCCGUUGGACUCACUUUAUUACCAAUGGUUUAACCGAAAACGAAUGUACCAAAUUAAUACAAAAAUACAAAAUACCGUCUAAUUGUCCCUUACUAACACCUCCGGCAAUUAACCCAGAAUCUAAAUCUAUUAUCCCCCUUAAUAUGCGGAAGAAGGACGACGCAUAUAUCAGAUUUCAAACAAAAUUAGGCACAGGAAUAGCUGCUCUAGGUAAAGGCAUUGAUUAUAUUUUAUCUGAUAAGGAAAAUCUACCUAGUACACAGAAAGACGUUCUGCUUCCGUGUAUGUCAGAUGCAGGACGCCUUUUAGCGGACCUGUACCAUGAUUUAUCGAUGGCACGUCGCAGCUUCAUAUUUCCUUACAUGAAUAAGGAAACAAAAGAAAUACUGGAGAAAUGCCCACCAUCAAAUUUGUUGUUUGGCUCCGAUCUGAGCGAAAAGGUUAAAACAGCAAAAUCUAUACAAGCCGCAAGAAACACGACAACAACCUUACAAGGAAAGAUACAGGAGAAGGAAGUAGAUAAGCCAGGAGUGCCACCCACUGUGGGCGAACCUUACAUUGGUAGCAUCGAGACUAUCCGGAAAUCUAUGAAGUUUCGAAACAUUCCAGAAUGUGCUAUCGAGACCACCUUACACUCAAUUUCUAAUGCUACCAUUAGACAGUAUGGAGUGACCUAUAAGCUUUGGUGGGAGUUUUGUAAUCGUAUAAAGAUUCACCCUUUUCAAGCUAAGGUUCCGGAAGUAUUAACUUUUCUCCAAUCAAUCUUAGAUAAUAAAGGAUGCGUUUAUGGCUCAAUUAAUUCCCAUAGAGCUGCUUUAUCAUUAAUACUUCCGGGAGACUUAGGGAAUGAUUUGAUAUUAAAACGAUUUAUGAAAGGUGUUUUAAGACUAAGGCCACCAAAACCUAGGUACACUUGUACCUGGGAUCCUAAAAGAGUUCUGGACUAUUUCAAAAACAACCCUGCAGAUUCCUUAAGAAGCUUAUCAUUUAAGUUAGUAACCCUUUUGAUCCUGGUUACCGGCCAAAGGUUACAAACGAUAUCUCUCAUUAAACUAAAAAAUAUACUACCGUAUGAUGACGGUGGUGUUCAAAUUUUAAUUGAAGAUCGGAUUAAGACAUCCAACAUAAAUAUUAAUCAACCUUGCUUAAUUAUUCCAAAAUUUAAUGAAUUUCCCGAAUUGUGCGUGGUUUCUUGUUUACAGAAAUAUAUCCAGGAGACUGAAAAAGUAAGGAAGGAUAAUGACGACUAUCUCUUUAUAACCUUCCAGAAACCACACCGUAUCGCCUCUAAACAAACGUUAAGUCGGUGGGUUAAAAGUACCCUAAAUUUGUCUGGGGUUGAUACGAAUAUUUUUAAACCUCACUCAAGUCGUCAUGCUUCUACUUCCGCUGCUAGGAGAGCGGGUGUCUCAAUUGAUUUAAUUAAGGAUUCUGCAGGUUGGAGUAAAAACUCGUCAACUUUUGCUAGAUUCUACAACCGUCCCCUUGUAAAUCACGAUAAGUUUGCCUUAAGCAUUUUGAAAUCAUAAAAUGGUUAUUAAGAUAAGUAUAAUAUAGGGAGGCAAU